AGUGGCCACGUUGACGCGGUGGGAGGCGGGCGCGCGCCUGGUCGCCACGUUUGGUCUCGCGCCUGGAGCAGCAGCAGCGGCUGGAGGGACCCCAGGGCAGCAGGAGCAGGAAAAGCCAUGUCUUCGCCACCCAAAGCCAAAGCGGAGACGCGGGCCGGACACCUUCCUGCUGUCAAGGCUGGCGGAAUGAGAAUCGUGCAGAAGCACCCACAUGUGCCAGAUGCCAAAGAGGAGAAAGAUAAGGAUGAACAGCAGGACUGGGAAAGCGGCAGCAGCCCACCAAAACCAACUGUGUUCAUUUCAGGAGUCAUUGCAAGGGGUGACAAAGAUUUCCCUCCAGCUGCAGCCCAGGUGGCCCAUCAAAAACCACAUCCUUCAGUGGAAAAGCUUCCUCCCCCACAGCACGUCAACCAGUAUAUCCACCAGCCUCGCAAAUGAGUUGCCUGCCGAAGACCCAGCCAUCAUGUUUUCUGGGUGGAAAAUUACGAGAUUUGUGCUACCAGAUCUUUUGCCUUAAUUGCCUAUGGUUUCAAUGGUUUAAUGUAAAGGGGAAGAGGGAGAGAAGGGCGAAGAAUCCUCACUUCCAUCAGUCCAGCUGAAAAAUAUGUUCUUCCAUACUGCCGAUUUAUAAUGUUACUUUCAUAGAAAUAUAACAGCAUGGGGAUGGUUUAGAUCAAACUGUUCCUUUGCUCAAUAAUUAUUUUAAACCUUUUCUUCCCUGCUUUCUGGCACUACAAGAAUAUGCAACAUAGGAAAUGGGGGUGGAUCUUAUCCUUCUUCCCUUUUGUAAUGAGAAGAUUUUUUAAAUUUGUGUAAGGCAGACUUUCAUGGCAUUAUUGUGAUUGCUGUUUAAUUUGAUGUUGUUUCAUUAGUCUUAAAUAAUUUGAGGGUAAAUUGCUCAUUUUUUUACAAAGAUAUGAAAGGACCAGAAAUGUUCUCAGAUGGAUAGAUACUUCUUGCGAGUUUGUAAACUUUCAGAGGAUUUAUGCCAUUGUUGCAACGUAGCCAAAGAUUACCCAGCUUGUUGGCCCAUGGUUUAGCAAAAUGCUCUUUGUAUUUUUCCUCGAGAGCAACAGCACCAUAUGAUACAAUAAUCUCAUUGAGUUGGGUAAGUUGCUCAAGUUGCUAGGUGUUCAUGGUAGUUCUUUCAGCCUCUCAAGAUAGAAAUAGCUCAUUGGAACAGUCCUUCUUGGAUAUAUAACAUUCAUAUCUCGAGAUCACACAUUUGAAUGGGGCGCAGGCCCGUAGCCAGGAUUUUGAUUCGGGGGGGGGGGGGCGGUCUACCCUAGCAAACCUUUUGUAUCCCCAUGUAUAUGGGAUAUAUUGAGCAUGGUGAUCAGAUCAUGAUAUGAAUAAACAUAAUAGUUUAAAUAAUGUACCAGUAAGGCCUUCUCACGGACCACUCUGAGAAUUCAGCCCCCCCCCCCCUCCAGGUUAUGGGCCUUGGGGUGGAUCAUCUCUUUAAAUGCUCUUUUGUGUAUAGUAUCUUCUGUGCAUAGAAGGCCACCAUCCCAAGCUUGACUAAAAUUCUUCCUGGUCUGCUAGCUAUCUGUGUCUGCAGUCCAUGAGAUAAAAUCCAGAGUACUACACCAAAUGCCUCUUCUGCAGGCUUGAAUCAGCUGCACAGUGGCAACUUGAGCUGGGCCUUCUGUUAAUUAUUCUGAUAUAAUCUGCUCAUGAUCUUGCCCUUUUAAUCACAGCAAAGAAAGCACAUUAAAGAGAAUGGCCACCAACCCCCUACAAUGCACUACAAUUGGCUGCAGAGAAAGUUGUCUAUGUUUCUAUAUGCAUCAGAUCUAUCCAUUAAGUUCAUUGGGGACCAAGUGACAAUUCAAAGAUGGAUCAGAUUCCAUAUCUGCAUCUGAUGCAUGUGAGAAUUUCCUUUGCUAGAUUGGAGAAAAUUGGUAGUACUGCUUACUUCAAUUAAGAUUGCCAAUUAGUGGAAGCUCGGCCUGGCCAUGCAUAUAAAAUUUUAAUUACAGCUGUGUAAUUUACACUUAGUUCUUAUAGAUUCAAGUUUCACCUGCAUUUUUACAGGUACUUUGAUUUUUAAAUGAUGAACGUUCACUAAAUCUCUUCUUCCCCCCAAUUUAUAAUCUACAAAGGGUUUUAAUGACUUUGAGGAAGGUUGGGCUGUUAAUAAAUUAUUGUUGCAACUGCUCAUCUGGCAAACUGUGGGAAAUGUCCAUUCCCUUUGGGCUUUAGAGAAUCGCUUGUUUUUAAUGACAAAUAAUUUGAAAAAGCAGCAAGAGGAGAAAGUUUUAAUAAUAAAAAUUUCCCCUUGAAAAA